UCUGUGAAAUGACGCAAAACUGGUGGGUGCUUAAAAUGACAGCGACUGAGUAAAACCUGAACCCUUUUGCUACCGAAGUGAAGUCGCGAUGGCGGAGCCGCGAGUGGAAAUCGAGUCGCUGCAUUUCUCAGUUGGUAUUUUGGGAAUCACUGGAGGUUCUUUACUGCUUCUUGUGAACGAUUAUGCACAGGCUUCCGGAAAAGACUUGAUCCCCAGUACUGCACUGGGAGUCCUGCUCCUCAUCAUUGCUGCCCUCUUGGCAUAUGCAGGAGUGCGGCGCAGCCUGUCCCACACCCCGCUCUUUGUGUCUCUCUGUCUCUCCAUCUCUGCGCUGUGGUGUGGCUCAGGGCUGGUGUACAUUUUGGCUGGGGAGGGGGUAGUGAUUGGUGAGGCAGCGCUCCGGACGGCCUUGGUGCCAGGGCUGGCUGCCUUCACGCUGGCGCUGCUGAUCAUGGGGGUGGUGGGGGUCCUGCAGAGGGAGGUCGUCCUCUCCAUCAUCGCCUUCUCCAUCAGCCUGGCCUGUGCCCACCAGAUCGCCGGCCUGUCCGACGCCAGCUUCGGCCUGGGCGCCACCGCCGCCAACUACCUCCUGGUGUGCCUGGUGGGGGCGUACUUCGGCAGCGGCCGCCUGCUCUCCUACAUCACUAAGGGGAAGGUGCAGCCGCCAGGGACGGGUCUGCAGAAGAAGAGCAAGCUGACCCCCUCGCAGGCCCAGGAGCUCAAUGACGCUAUACCCAUCGGCCUGGUCAUGAACCUGCUGUCCGCCAGUGUGCUGGCCUGCCCCUUGCUGGGCGUGGUGCCGCAGCUGACCCCCGGCCUGGUGCCGUGGCUGUGGAUGGCGGGUGUCUUCCAGCUAGGCGUGUGCAUUCUCUCCUACCGUGCCAUGGACACUCUGGCCGCCACCUUCUAUGGUUACACAGCAGUGCUGAAGUUCGCAGAGGGGUACAGCCUGCUGCUGAGUGACUUCAACCUCAAGGUGUACUCUCCCGUGCCCUUCCCCAUCGUCUUCUCGGUGCUGUUCUUCAUCCUGGCCGUGUUCAGCACACAGAAGAGCCUGGCGGAGGGCCUGUACCAGCUGUUCUACGUGGCCUACUGCAUCGCCAUUGCCGCACAGCCCCUGGGGUUCUUUCAAGCUGGCACGCAGGGGGUGCAGGCGGCCAUCUUUGUUGCGUCCGCCCUCAUGCUGCUGGUUACCCUGCACAACAUGGUGCUACCCUGGAGGCUGCCCACAGGCGAGGGCCUGCUGAAGGCGGUGCUGAGCCGCACCAGCCGCCUGACCCUACGACUCCACGACAAGGACCUGCACGCCCCCUACCUGGGCUACUCCAAAUACGCUGACGCUGAGGUGCUGGGUCACGGCUGCAGCGUCCUCGCGGCCUUCGCCAUUACCGCCACGGUGGGCGUCAACGGGCCCCGGGAAGUGCUGAUCCUGCCGUGGGCCGUGGUGGCGGGCGGAGCCCUGCAGCUGCUGUGCGGCUCGGUGGCCUUCGCCCGGGGGAAGACGCUGGAGAGCACCGCCUUCAUCCUGUACGGCAUCAUGUGGACGGUGUGGGGGCUGACACGCUACGGAGGGCUCUACGGCACCACCCGGGGGUUCAACGUGGCCGUGGGCAUCAUCUGCUUCAUGCUCUUCAACUGCUUCGUGACGGCCGGCGCUCUGUUCCUCAGCAAGGCCUGGUUCGCUUACGCCCUCACCUUCCAGCUCAUCCUCAUCAGCUUCCUGCUGGAUGCGGUGGACGCCUUGCCUUAUGGCUACGAUAUCGGCGUCACCAUCAUCUUCGGCCUGGUCAGCUUCUAUUGCUUCCUGGCCAACCUGUUCAACAGCAGCUUCCAGACGCCGCAGCUUCCGCUGGGCGACCCCUUCAUCAAGCUGAGUGGCUUUGGCGGGGGCAGGGAAAGCUGCCCACAUGUGCCCGCUCGCAAGGCCACCUCCGUUCAGCAGAUCGCAGAGAUCCUGAAGAAUGGUGGCACCUGUGGGAUGCCCACGGACACGGUGUAUGUGCUUGUGGCGGCUUGCAACAGGCCAGAUGCAGUGGAGAAGGCCUACAAGAUUAAAGUGCACGCCCAGGACCGGCCCAUGUCCAUGUGGAUCUCCAGCACUAAGCAGCUGGAGCCAGCCAAACACCUGAUCAAUCCAGUGCUGUGGGACUUCAUGGAGGCUGCCUGGCCAUCCUCCAUCAGCAUGGUCAUCCCCAGAGGUCCCUGGCUGGAUUGUUUUGGUCUGGGAGAAUCAGCAAAGUACAUUGGCACACCGCAGAGUAUUGCCAUCCGAAAUCCAGACUGCACUGUGGCCACACACCUCAUGGACCUGGUGGGGCCCAUUGCCACAAUGUCAGCCAACCCCACUGGAGAAGCGGACACAACACAUCAUAACCAAGUGUAUGCCAAGUUAGGGGAUAAGGUGGAUGGAGUGCUGUGUGACGGCCCAUCGCCUGAGAACAUUGCCUCCACAGUAGUAGACUGCACCAAGAUUGACAGCGGCCACAUUGGCUUCUUCAGAGUUGGUGUCAUUCCUAAGUCUCAGGUGCUACGGAUUUUCGAGGAGGUGCAGAAGAAGAAAAUGACGGGGCAGGUGAAUCCCACCUUUGAGCCAGACUUUUCGGAGCCCAUGGAGGAGCAGCAGGAGGAGCUCAAGACAGAGACAGCACACCCAGUAGAGCUGGACCCUGUGAAAGAGGAGGAUGAAUCAUAGGUCCCAUGGGCCACUGCAGUUAUGCUACCUCUCACCAAGGUAGUGAACCUGAACUGCUUACAUUAAAAAAUAAAUGAAUAAAUAAAACUGUAUAUUUAGUAUAGUGUUAAUAAAUUAAUAUGUAAGCAAUAACACUUAACUAAAUGUUAUGGCCAAUUAAUUCUGCCCCCAAGCUUACUGAGAGCAGAUUGCUGUUUCUGCUUCACGGAAGUCAUUUCCUGGCUGACUCACUCACAAUAACUGGCUCCUCUACAAACCAGAUGCUAACUGUAAAAUUGCUGGGGAACCUUUCGUGGAACAUUUUGCACCGAGCUGUGUGACCAUAGGUGAAACUGGAAUUAUUAGAAUCAAUCUGAACCAAUAAUCUUUCAGUGCAUGUGCAAAUGCAUUCCUAAAUUUAAAAUACUUUAGAAUAUUUUUGCCAGGUUUGAAUGUCUUUGUAUGUUCAUUUUAUCUUAUAAUGUAAUCAUUUCUACUGUACUAUUCUAUAAUGUGUAAAUGCUUUAUGAUGCUGUUCUACCUGUUUUUCAAGUGCAAAAAGCAUGCCUGUAUGUGGUGUCUUUAUUUAAUUUUUGCAGACUAAAUUAAUAAGUUGAUUUUUUUUUCAAAGUAGACACUUACUACUAUAUAGUAGGGGUGGAGGAGAUGCCACUAUUUGUAUUUGUAUCUGUAUUUGUUCAACCAAAAAUGUUUUUGUAUUUGUAUUUGGAUAAAAACUGGAAGUGUG